UUACUGACGUGUGUGUCGGUGCUCUUAUAACUGCGCUCGCGCUUUACGCGCGCAGUCUGAUGGCGUCCCAGCACUCUCCGACAAUCUCUCACGAUCUCACUGUUUAUUGAAGGCGAGGAUCAAAUAUUACGAUAGAACACUGGUUACACUUCUUUGGUUCUUCAACAUUUUAACCCACGUGCUCUUGGGAAAUUGUGCCUCUGCUUCAGCUCGGAACCGAACCUCGACUCAUCGGAGAAUAAGUUUGCCGGAUACAAGUGCGAUCUCUACAACUCCAGCUGAUGAUCACAGACACAUAUUUGGACUGUCAGAUUCCAGGAGAUCAUAUCAGAUCCAGCGCAAGAUGAAGUCUGCUGGAGCAGGUGAUGAAGGACUGUUUACAGAGAGCUACUGUAACAUCUGCAAUGCUCAGCUGAUCUCUGAGUCCCAGCGUGUGGCACACUAUGAGAGCAAGAAACAUGCCAACAAAGUGCGGCUGUUCUACAUGCUCCACCCUGAAGAUGGAGGCCCACCAUCGAAAAGACUGAGACCAGACAAUCCGGACAGUGCGGAGAACGAGGUGGACAGAAACAAAUGCUGUACACUCUGUAACAUGUUUUUCACAUCUGCAAUUGUGGCUGAGUCGCAUUACCAGGGCAAGACGCACGCUAAGAGAGUUCGCUUGGUGUUGGGGGAGUCGCCAAGUUUACCAACACCCACAGAUUCAGCUCCACCCACCCCUCAGAGCACAGACCCACCCCCUCCUUCAUGGACACCGCUGGCCAAUCACGGAGAGGCGGGCAAGUACUGCUGCUUGUGUGGCGCCUGGUUCAACAACCCGCUGAUGGCACAGCAACACUAUGAAGGCAAGAAGCACAAGAGAAAUGCGGCACGGGCACGGCUGCUGGAGCAGCUGGCAGGCAGUUUGGAUGCCAAUGAAAGCACAGGUCUGCGUCGGAGUUACUCGUGCAGUGUUUGUAAUGUGGUCCUGAACUCCAUAGAGCAGUAUCACGCACAUCUGCAGGGCUCCAAACACCAAAACAAGAACCACCACAACAACAGCAAACAACUGCGUGAAGGGUUCACAUCGAUCUCAAACCCUCGCUGCUCAAGAACAACCAUAACAAUAACAACAACAAACAAUUUCGGUAAGUCAUGGCAUCCGCUCAUGUUAUCGUUUCAUGCAUUGCAUGCCACAUGUUUACUAUAACUUCUUCCGUCAGCAGUGAGGGAUUCACAUGUGAUAAAUGUAAGGAAUUAGUCAGGCUGACGAAGAAGGUUAAUGAGUCAGAGGCACGCAUCCGAAUGCUAGUGGAGGUCAGUGAGAAAGAGAAGCCGUUAGAUACUGUUUUGGAUGCGAGUAGAACAGCGAGCAACAUGCACACUUUGGUUCCGGCUGUAGAGCCCCUGCAGCAGGGUGUUUGGGUGAAGUCUUGGUGGCAUACUCGCUCAACAAAGCGACACCACUCUCCCGUUCCUGUUAGGACUUCCAAUAGAUUCUCCCCACUUAGUGAUGCAUCCACUGAGAAUCAUGUUGAAAGUGCCCUUGUUAUUAGAUUCUAUUGUAAGGAACAUGGAAAUAGAGACUCCAGCCACAAUUGCUAAAUGCAUUUCUGGGGCUCGGUCAUCUGAGAUCAACUUUACAAGUGCUGGCUAAUGCUAAAAGUAGAUAUUCUAAAAUUGUUAUUCAUGUCGGCACUAACGAUGUCUGGCUUCGCCAGUCGGAGAUCACUAGAGAUAAUGUUAAAGAGGUGUGUGAACUUGCAAAAACUAUGUCAGACACUGUAAUAUGCUCUGGCCCCCUCCCUGCUGUUUGACUGAAACUUGGCUUACACCGGAUUAAUAUAUUAGUUUAAAUGAGUCUGCUCCCUCAGAUUAUUGUUAUAAACAUGAACCUCGUCUGAAGGGUCGAGGAGGAGGUGUUGCUAAAAUUUACAGUGAAGUUUUUGAUGUUACUUAGAGGACAGGAUAUAAGUUUGUCUUUUGAACUAAUAAUGGUUAUUGUGACAACGUCAGAUAUAAAUAAAAAACCUCUGUCGUCUUUUGCCCUUGCUACAGUAUAUAGAUCACCCAGGCCGUAUUCUGAUUUCCUUGGUGAGAUCUAGUAGAUACUGUGAAUAGAGCUUUAAUUGUUGGUGACUUCAACAUUCACAUAGAUAAUGAAAAUGACACAUUGGGAUUAUCAUUUAUCGAUAUUCUCAACUCUCUUGGUGUCAGACAAAACGUGACAGGACCAACAAAUCCCAUAAUAAUAUGCUAGAUUUAAUUCUGUCAUAUGGAGUUGAUGUUGAUACUAUAGAAAUUCUUCUGCAAAGCAAUGACAUCUCAAAUCAUUACCUUGUCUCUUGAAUGCUGCGAUCAGCUAAUGUCACUCAAUCUACACCAUGCUAUUGUUCAGCUAGAACUAUUCUUCAACCACUAAAGAUAGCUUCACUAAUAAUCUUCCAGAUAUGUCUCAUAUAUUUAGUAAGCCAAAAAGUCUAGAAGAACUUGAUGUAAAUACAGAAAACAUAAAUACAGUUUUCUGUAGCACUCUUGAUAGUGUCGCCCCCCUUUGAUUAAAGAAAAUUAAAGAAAAAAAGCCCCGCAACAUGGUACAAUAAUCACACUCAUACUCUCAAGAGAGCAGCUUGGAAAAUGGAGCGCAAUUGGAUGAAUACAGAAUUUGAGGUAUUUUGUGGUGCAUGGAAGGAUAGUGUCUGUAGCUACAGACAGGCACUAAAAGCUGCCAGGUCAGCAUAUUUUAGCAAACUCAUAGAAAAUACCCACAACAAUCCUAGGUGUUUAUUCAGUACUGUGGCUAAAUUUGUUAGGAAUAAAGCCUCGACUGAACCAGAUAUUCCGUCGCAGCACAAUAGUAAUGACUUCAUGAAUUUCUUUACUGAUAAAAUUGAAAUAAUCAGAAAUAAAAGUGGAACUAUGCAAUCAACUGUCACAGCACCUCAGAAAAGUGUGUCUCAUAAUUUUCCUCACAAGCAACUUCAAUCCUUCGCUGUCAUAGGUCAUGAAGAGCUAGCAAAACUUAUCAAAAAAUCAAAAGCCACAACAUGUUUGUUAGAUCCAAUACAAACUAAACUCUUAAAAGAGGUAUUCCCUGUAAUCUCAGAACCUAUUCUUAAUAUUAUUAACUCCUUGCUAUCCUUAGGACAUGUCCCAAGAAACUUUAAAAUGGCAGUUAUUAAACUGCUUAUUAAGAAGCCACAGCUCGAUCCUGGGGAAUUGGCUAAUUAUAGACCGAUUUCAAAUCUCCCAUUUAUGCCGAAAAUACUAGAACAGGUAGUGUCCUCCAGAGAAAUAGUAUAUAUGAACAAUUUCAGUCAGGAUUUAGGCCCCAUCACAGUACAGAGACUGUACUUAUCAGAGUUACAAAUUACUUGCUCUUAUCAUCAACAUUUCCAAUGUUUGUAGAACAGCAUUCUUCCACCUCAGAAAUAUUGCUAAGUUACGACACAUGCUCUCUGUUGCUGAUGCCAAAAAACUAAUUCAUGCGUUCAUGACCUCAAGACUAGAUUAUUGUAAUGUAUUACUGGGAGGAUGUCCUGCAAGUUCAAUAAAUAAACUUCAAUUGGUUCAAAAUGCAGCAGCCAGAGUGCUGACUAGAACCAAUAAAUAAGAUAAUAUUAGCCCCAUUUUAUCGGCAUUACAUUGUCUGCCUGUUAAAUUUCAUAUUAUUUUUAAAAUUAUGUUAACUACGUACAAUGUUUUGAAUGGCCUAGCUCCCCAGUACUUAAGUGACCUUCUAUCAUGCUAUAUUCCAUCACGUUCAUUACGAUCACACAAUUCUGGCCUGUUAAUAGUUCCUGGAGUAUCAAAAUCCACAAAAGGAGGUAGAUCCUUUUCCCAUUUGGCUUCUAAACUAUGGAAUAUUCUCCCUAACACUGUUUGUGACGCAGACACACUCACUCAGUUUAAGUCUAGACUAAAGACUCUCAUAGCCAGGCAAACACCUAAUUUAUCCAUCAACUCAAAAUUAGGCUGCUUUAGUUAGGUCUGCCGGAACCAGAAACAUUUAUCAUAAUCUAUAACUCUGCAAUAAAUUGAAUGGCAUCUACGCUAAUAUUAUUCUAUUUGUUUCCCUGUCUCAACCUCGGGAUUCAUAUCACGAGGUUACCAGAGCCGGCCAGAUCCAGCAGCGUUCCUGCUUGGUGUCGGACUCUACUGCUACUUGUCACUGUGUGAUGACGAGUAAAUGCAGCCUGUGCCAGCCAGACAUCACUUCAGUCUAUUAUGAUGAACUUAAGAGGAAGAAAUGAUGCCACCUCCAACCAUAAGAUAUGGGAUACUUCAUAUGCCACUGCCUGAACCUUGGACUUAGGAUAGACCUCACCGAAAUGACCUGCCGGUUGAACUGCGAUGCACCUCACUGAUCUAUGCCUGCAUCACCUUGGUCUAAUGAUGGACUAUACUCUUAAAAUGGAAUACAUAGACUAUCAAUUAAUUGCCAACAAAAGCCUUCAUCAGCCAACUAACAAAAGACAAUGCAUCUAUGUGAACUUCUGCAGUUAAUCCAGGAUGGACUUCAAAGACUUUAGUCAUUAGUCUUACAGUUCAUACAAGAUAUUUGUUUAAACACUGGCCCUUAACACUUACUUAGUUUACUAAUUUUAAACCAUGACAUGCACUGCACACAAAUAACUAAUAUUGGUAUUAUAUUCAUGCUGUUUAGCCAGAGGAAACUGGCCCCCACAGUGAGCCUGGUUGCUCCCAAGGUUAUUUUCUCCAUUAACCAACAUCUUAUGGAGUUUUGUGUUCCUUGCAACAGUCACAUUCGGCUUGCUUACUGGGGAUCUAAAUACAAUUAUUAUUUAAUUAUUUAUUUGUAUACACAAUUUACAAUCAUAUUUAAUCAAACUACACAAUUAUGACUCUAAGACUUUAUAGAUAUUACAGUUUCAUGUUCUGUUAAUGCAUGAUUUUCUGUAAAGCUGCUUUGAAACAAUGUAUGUUGUGAAAAGCGCUAUACAAAUUAAAAAAAAUUUGACUUGACUUGACGUGGCUAGUUCAGAUAAUUUUAGGGCUGCACAGAUAUGAAAAUGUUUGGCCAUACGGAUAACGAUUUUAACCAAAAACUAGGCUGAUACUGAUAUUUUUCCAAUUACUAACCUUAUUUUGUUAUUAGAUCACUCUUUUGCUUAGGAAUUUUGCUUUAAAAUGUACAACGAAGGUACAAAAGCUAUUUUAUUGUUCUAACAAUAAACCAAACAAUGUUUUAUUGUUUAUUCUAACAGUAAAUCAAACAAUAAAUAAUUUUCUUUAAACAUGGAUUGGAUCUUGGAAUCGGGCCAGAUACCGUGCUCGUGUAUCAGUACUCUCUUCUAUCGUUCACAAAAAACAAUCACUUCUCGUUCACAAAAAAAAAAAAAAAAGGUAUUGAGAGGUCCCUUCUCAAUAGUAGAACUACAAUUGUACAUAUUAUGAUAGAACAUUACAAAUUCCUAUUAUUUCAUAUGAAUGUACAUAUAUUAUGCUAAUUUUACAUUGUUAUGCAAAUAACAAUCAACAUGUAUACAAUGCAAUUAAUUUAUGUAAUUUAGUGUGAAUAAACCAUCA